GUGAAAGGCUGCCCGGUAUAUUAAGACGAGAAAUGCUCGAAGAUGUAUCAGUCGUAGAAGCUACUUCUUCUACUAACAACAUCCCCGGUGUACAGCCCAAAACCCACGUGCUUAGCCAUGAACAGAAUCGUACUACUUUCUCUGCUAUCCCUGGCAGUGGCUGCACCAAAUCCGUAUAUCUUCAACCAAUAUGGAGGUCAGGAUCUCAUGCAUCAAUUCACUGAGCAAGUCAAGAGGUCUGACCAUGAACAGCUGAAUGCUGGAGGUUCUGAGGGAGGUUACGGUGUAGAAAAUUAUGGAGGAUAUGACGGUUCAUCUGGUCACCUGGAAUCUGCUGGUGGUUACGAUGCAGGUCAUUCCGGAGGUCAAAGCUUCCACGGCUUUGGUGAUGGAGGUCAACAGAAUUAUGCUGCCUUUGGAGGCUUCUCCGGAGGUCAUAGCGGUGAUGAUGGCGGUCACGGAGGUGCUGGCAUCUCUCUCGAUUCCGGUCAUAGCUACGUUCACAGUGUUCCUGUUUCCGAACACGUGGAGGUUACCAAGCCUGUGGUUGUUCCCGUUUACAAGGAAAUUGGUGUUCCAGUUCCUCAUGCGGUGAAGAUCAACGUUCCACACCCUGUGGCCGUAGGUGUUCCCCAGCCUUACCCUGUUGCUGUGCCAGUAGCUCAACCCGUGCCGAUUCAGAUCAUUAAGACCGUUGCUGUACCCGUCGAGAAGAAGGUGCCUUAUCCUGUUGAGAAGCACAUUCCGGUACCUGUGGAAAAGCACGUGCCCAUCAAGAUUGAAAAGCACAUACCUGUUCCUGUCAUUAAGCCUUAUCCCAUUAGAAUUCCUGUCUACAAAACCAUCUACCAUCACGCUAAGAGCAGUCAUUAAACUGCAAGGGUCAGGAUCUUAUUUUUAGUCGAAGUUGAACGUCGGCCACAUCAUCGGGGAAUAUGACUUCAAAUUCAUGCAGUUCCUUGCUUUGGGAUACCCGAGAAAGUCAAUGGAACCCCAUCGAUAUCUGUUCUGGUUGUUAAGUUUUCUAUGUGCUGUUGUUUUGUAUAUAUUAUGUUACGCUAUGAGAUUGUUGUUCAGUUUUUUAUACACAGUUUUUAAAUAAAAUUUAUACAAAAUAUA